CCGGUGCCGGGCCGCGAGCUGCCGCUCAUCUUCAUCGGCGGCGUGCCCCGCUCCGGCACCACGCUCAUGCGCGCGAUGCUGGACGCGCACCCGGACGUGCGCUGCGGCCAGGAGACGCGCGUCGUGCCGCGGAUCCUGCAGAUGCGCCAGCACUGGACGCGGUCGCAGAAGGAGAGCGUGCGCCUCGAACAGGCCGGCGUCUCCAAGGCGGUGCUCGAUAACGCCAUCGCCGCGUUCUGCCUCGAGGUCAUAGUGCGCCACGGCGAGCCCGCGCCGCGCCUCUGCAACAAGGACCCUCUGGUCAUCAAAAUGGGGACCUACGUCCUCGAGCUGUUCCCGAACUCCAAGUUCCUGUUCAUGGUGCGCGACGGGCGCGCCACCGUCCACUCGAUCAUCUCCCGCAAGGUGACGAUCACGGGCUUCGACCUGACGAGCUACAGACAGUGCAUGACCAAGUGGAACCGCGCGGUGGAGCUGAUGUACCAGCAGUGCAAGACGAUGGGCCCGGACAAGUGCCUGCUGGUGCGGUACGAGGCGCUCGUGCUGCGGCCGGAGGAGACGCUGCGGCGCGUGCUCGCCUUCCUGGAGCUGCGCUGGGACGACGCGGUGCUGCACCACGAGCGCUACAUCAACCGGCCCAACGGCGUCGCGCUGUCCAACGUGGAGCGGUCGUCGGACCAGGUGGUGCGGCCCGUGAACCGCGACGCGCUGGACAAGUGGGUGGGGCAGGUGCCGGCCGACGUGCGCGCGGACAUGGCGGAGCUGGCGCCGAUGCUGUCCGUGCUGGGCUACGACCCGUGGGCGUCCCCGCCGCGCUACGAGGCGCUGCCCGCGCACCGGCCCUCCGGCGCCGGCCCGCCGCCGCCGCAACCGCCGCCCCAGGCGCCCCGGGCGCCCCAGUAG